AAUUACCAACCAAUUCCAAACCACCAAGUUGGUUUACCAAAGAACAGCUCCAAAACGCCAAAGUGAAUCACCAAAGAACGCUCAAGAAUCCCCAAGAAACUUACCAGACAGCUCCAAAACGCCAAACAGAAUUACCAACCAAUUCCAAACCACCAAGUUGGUUUACCAAAGAACAGCUCCAAAACGCCGAAGUGAUUCAGCUUCAAACUGCUGAGGAGAGAACUAUCAGAGAACAGCUCCAAAACGCAAAAGAGAAAUACCGAAGAAGCCUACCAGAGAAUGAUUCUAAAACGUUAAAGAGGACUAAAGAGAACAGAACACCAAAAAGAACCGCCAGAGAAGACCGAAGAAAACUGCUAAAAAAAAAAUUUCAAAGAAAGCUCUUCGACGUUUUGGAGCUGCUCUCUGGUAGAACUACCAAAGAACAGCUCCAAAACGUCAAAGAGAAACAGCUCCAAAUCGUCGAAGAUAACUACAAAAAAUAUAAA